UGCUGAUGCCGGUCUGGUCAUCGUCAGUGUACAAUCUCCAGUCUUGCUCCUACUUGCGCUUGCACACACGGAUACUGCCUGUAUUUUUCCUGCAUCACAAAGCACCGUUGUGACUUUCCUCUUCAUCUGGAGUUAGACAGAAACUGGGAGACUGACACUGACAAGGCUCUGACUCUCACACCGCUCACCUCUGAGCAUCCUUCACAGUGAUUUGCUGCCUGGAACAGACAUUGCCCUGAUGAAACUGAAGAAGGUGCUUCAGCUAACCCAAGAGAGGGAGCUGCGGACAGAGAUGGAGGGGAAGGAAGACAUGAGGACUGAGAAGAAGCUGCUGGCCUUCUGGAUGUUCUUGUCUGACCGGACCUGGACCCUUUUUAGGCCCCGUGAGAGACCUGGCUUCCAGCGCUCGGCCUCAGCCGCCCGCCUACUCAAAAGUGAGGCAUAAGGAGUGUGUGUGCGGGUGUGUGUGCUUGUGUGUGUGUGUCAGGUUCAAGUGUUCAAAGAGGCCUCUCAGAUCUGCUGUCAUGAUUUUGUGGACUGGGUGUGCAAUUGUGUGCGUGUGUGUGUGAGUUGUUCAAAGCUUUCAGUACCGUUGCUCCACCAUUUGACAGGAAGUUACAGGUGGAGCUGAUUAGUGGCUAUUUGACGAGAACUCUGACAUCAACAAAGUUUUACAUGGCGUGAAGGAAAAGUUGAGACAGUCCUAAAAUUGGUACCUCAAAGUGGAAAUGGAUAUUUGACUACAGCAACCAUUUGGAAGCUAAUUUUAUAUACCCCAACAGAAGAUUUUCAGCAAAAAAAAAAAAAAAAGGGGUUAACAGGGACCAGGCAUGGUGGUGAGCCAUCUGGCACUGGAACUGUGUUUCCAGGGGAAGAAGUUGAGGGGCUUCACCUCCAAGCUGACCCGCUCAGCUCAAGGCUUCCUCCCAGACUCUUGGAUCGUCGCAGCCCAGGUGCUGGUGGCUUACGUGGUGUCCGGACGGGGCAUGGUGGCGGCCAGGACAGUCAUGGAAACAGUGCAACACUGGGAGGUGUUUCAAGAGAUCUCUGAGGUUUUUAUCUUGGUUCCAGCCCUGGUGGGACUCAAGGGGAAUCUGGAGAUGACAUUGGCAUCCAGACUGUCAACAGCAGCCAACACUGGGCAGCUGGAGGAGCCGCAACGGCAGUGGAGGACAGUUUGCUGUAAUUUAGCUCUCAUCCAGGUCCAGGCCACAGUUGUCGGCUUCCUGGCCGCGGUGGCAGCAGUGAGUCUCGGGGGUCUGACCAGAGGUAGAGUGGAACUUCUCCACGCUGCCAUCCUGUGUGGCAGCAGUGUCACCACCGCCUUUAUUGCUGCGCUGUCUCUAGGCCUUGUGAUGGUGGCAGUGAUCAUUGGCUCCAGGAGAGUGGGCAUCAACCCAGAUAACAUAGCCACGCCCAUCGCUGCCAGCCUGGGUGACAUCGUCACGCUGUCUUUGCUUGCUGUGGUCAGCACCUUCUUUCUCUGCUACAGAGACAUGUGGUACCUGCCUCUUGCGGUGUGUGCCUUUUUCCUGCUUCUUGUGCCAGUGUGGAUUCUCAUCGCCUACCAGUCUCCACCAAUCAGAGAAGUCCUGAGGUCAGGCUGGCAGCCAGUUAUUUUUGCCAUGUCCAUCAGCAGUAUCGGUGGUCUGAUUCUGGAUAAGACAGUGAGCAAUCCAAACUUUGAGGGUAUGGCAGUGUUCACUCCAGUUAUCAAUGGUGUUGGAGGAAAUCUGGUAGCCAUCCAGGCCAGCAGGAUGUCUACCUACCUUCACUAUUGGAGCGUUCCUGGAGCUCUGCCAUUCAAAAUCACCAUGGACUGUCCUGGACCCUAUGCUACUUUCUGCUCUUCCGACCUGAAUUCCAAAUCAGCAAGAGUCCUGAUCAUCCUUGUAGUCCCAGGUCACCUUCUUUUCCUAUACAUGAUCCAUCUUCUGCAGGCAGGGCACACAACCAUGACAUCUGCCUUCAUCAUUUGUUACCUGUCUUCAGCACUGUUUCAGGUGGUGAUUCUUCUGCAUGUAGCCAACCUGAUGGUGAAGUGGCUGUGGCAAAGGGGCUUGGACCCAGACAACUUCUCCAUCCCCUACCUGACGGCACUGGGUGACCUGCUAGGAACGGGGUUUCUGGCCCUGAGCUUUAGACUGAUUCAGAAGAUCAGCUUCUGAGGAGUUGGGAUUUGAUCAACACCAUCAAAGUACUGGGACCUGUACACUUAUGCAGGACUUUGGAGUUAGUAAGGUACCUUAUAGGUGAACACUGUGUCAUGAAGUAAUCCAUCCUUCAAGCAGGAUAUGUUGCUGCUUGCUGUUCUGGAGCAAAUAUGAAAUACGAAAGAAAAAUACAAACUCCUGGGGACGGAAGUUCUAUUUAAAAAAAAAAAAAGGGAACGUAAAACACACUAAGCACUUCCUACUGGCCAGUUUAUUAUCUUAGGCAACAUUUUGGUUAUCAUUUAGGCUUUAGUAAAGAAAUGUAAUUGUCUGAAUACAGACUAGUGACUUAAAGUACUAAAGCUAUGUAUUUGCUCACCUUAGAUAUGUAAGCUACCCUGCUUGUGGAUAAAUAAAAUAAUACUGUAUAAGAGUAGAUUAAAGGUCGAUAGCAAUUUCUGAUGCAAACUAGAAACAAAUAUCCCAUUGAUAGCAUUAAUAGUCUACUUCAAAACAAGGUAUAUGGACAGAAUGGAUAAGAAAAUUAAGCAUUUUACAGUUAGGUCCAUGUCAGUCAGUAGGUCAAUCUCAUAGAGUUCGUUUGGUUUUGCUCAUCUCUGAGUUACCACGUCAACGUUUUACGAAUCCAAAUCUGGAAAACACUUGUUCAUUGAAAAUGCUUGUUGAAGGUGAAGGAGCAGUCACAAAAUAAGUCAGUUCACGUUGAGUACUGGAUGCAUACUACUAUUUAGAUGAUGCAACCUAUAUCAAUGCUGCACUGUAAUGGUGGGAUUUUACACCUAUUGUCAGAUCUUGUCUUCAAUAGCAAAUAAUUGUAUAGUCGGAGCGUAACUAUAAUGUACAGUACUAUAUAUGUGUGAGUUGCUGCAAUGUCUGAAUGAAUGUUUGAUUUUCUUGCGUUUUCUAAAAUUAUGCAUAUCCAGUAACUGGGAUGAGUUCUUGGAUUUAUAUGAAGGGUUGAGAUGAAUGUGCCUGUUGAUAUGAAUCUGCUGUGUGUUAAUAUGUUGCAUUACUUCUGUAGACUAAAAAAAAUGGGUUUGACAUCAGAAGAAUAUGAGAAAAGAGAUCAACGUUUCUACUUUUAGUUGCAAGGUAUUUACAUUUGGAUCUGAUGUACACUUUAUUGGAUAGCAUUAUUAGUAACGUAAUGCAAAAUUAUUGGUUGAGCAAAAGUACUGGAAAGAUUAAGCCUGUGACAAACUGACAUCAGCAAACCUCACCACUGCCCCUCUCAAUUGUUCUGUUUUGAAUGGUUACUCCCUUCAGUCUCGCGCUAUAUGAUAAAGGUUCUCCCAAUCAGUUUGGUUGCAUUUUUCUUUAACUAGGCUGACAAAAUAUUUCUCCUAAUUUACCUCCUGUGUCAUGUUACAUCAAUGAAAACAGGUGAGCCCAUUUUAAAGGAAGCCAUGCAACACUGAGCCAUGGCAUUACCUCCAUUGUGUUUUACAGAUGAGCUUGAAUAUUUGUGAUCAUGAGUAGAUUCGUUUUUUCCUCCUUUAGCCUUUCCAUCACUUUGGUAAAGGUCAGAAUUUGUCUCAUCAAUCAAUAAGAUGUCUUUUUAGCAGAUUCCAGGCCGGUCUUCAUAUUUUCAUCGUGAAUGAGUGGCUUGCAGCUUCUGGUGUUUCCUCAAGACUUUAGUUCUAGAAGUCUUCUGUGAACAGUACAUUUUGAUACCUUCACUCCUACCCCCACCGUUAUUGUGUGUGUGUGUUUUUUUUAACAGCUCCUCAUGUUUUUGUAGUCAACUGCUGUUGUUUCCCUUUAUCUAUCAGAUUGACGUCUGUAAUUUAACAUAGCAGGGGUUCCUUUCUUCGGGACAUUGAAAGUGGUUAUGUGGCCAACAUUUGUCCAAUGACUAACACAUUUUCCUUCUUCUCUUGGCAUCACAAUUGCUUUUUUCACCCCACCCAUAGUGUCGUGACCGAAAGAACAAGAUCCCGGAUUCAAGGGACCGCCGGACUGAGUUUCCUCCGCAGGAUGUCCGGGCUCUCCCUUAGAGAUGGGGUGAGAAGCUCGAUCAUCCGGGAGGAUCUCAGAGUAGAGCCACUGCUCCUCCACAUUGAGAGGAGCCAGAUGAGGUGGCUGGAGCAUCUGAUUCGGAUGCCUCCCGGACGCAUCCCUGGUGAGGUGUUCCGGGCACGUCCCAACGGGAGGAGACUCCGGGGACGACCCAGGACAUGCUGGAGAGACUACGUCUUUCGGCUGGCCUGGGAACACCUCGGGAUGCCCCCGGAAGAGCUGGAUGAAGUGGCUGGGGAGAGGGAAGUCUGGGCGUCCCUGCGAAAGCACCGCGACCCGACCUCGGAUAAGCGGUAGAAAAUGGAUGGAUGGAUGUACCCCACCCAUAGCUUUCUGAAACUAGACAUAGACAUUCUGCACUAUUUAUUUGAAAAAUCAGUGUAAUAGGCAACAACCCACUCCAGUCAGUCACGUUUCAAAACAUUAGCUCACAUGACAAAAAUGGUGGGUUCAAACAAAAAGUGUUAUCUUCUAA